UCGAUAUAGUCUAUCCCCCCACGUAAUGUGAUAUAUUUCUUUCUGUAACUGUUAACUCACCGGUUCUGGUUCGAUUUUGUGAUUUUUCAGAAGAAAAUUUAAUGUCCACUGGUGGAUUUUUAUUUAUUCAGGAAAAUGGCGGAUGCGGGUCAAAGAACCAGCAACAGUGACAGAUUCAAAAUUCUCGUGGCCACUGACUGUCAUUUGGGUUAUGAAGUGAAAACAAAGAGAGCCCAAGACUCAGACAGUAUUAUCACAUUCGAGGAGAUUCUGAAAACUGCUCAAGAGAGGGAUGUAGAUUUUAUUCUUCUAGCUGGGGACAUGUUCCACGACCCCAAACCUUCACAGCGGAUUAUCCUCGAGAGUUUGAAUUUGUUAAAGAAAUAUUGCGCUGGAAAAAGAGCGAUACCUUUCGAGCUCCUCAGCAAUCCCAAGGAUAUCUUCCCCAAUAAAAUGGUGAAUUAUGAAGAUGAGAACAUGAAUAUCAGUAUUCCAGUAUUUUCUAUUCAUGGAAAUCACGAUAAUCCGAAUUUCGAGUCGACAGGAACCCUGGAUUUGCUGAUGGCGUCAGGGCUGGUGAAUUAUUUCGGAAAAUGGAGCAAUCUGCAACAAAUAAAAGUAACUCCAAUGAUAUUCCAGAAGGGAGAGACUCUCGUUGCUAUUUAUGGUGUGGGUUAUCUCUCGGAGCAGAGGCUUUCCAGGCUCUUCCGCGAGGGACAGGUGCAUUUUCUCCGGCCCUCAAACAUUGGCAAGUGCUUCAACAUUCUAGUCCUCCACCAGAAUCGUGCAAGACACUCGGAGAACGACUACAUCGAGGAGAAUCGCUUUCCCCCCUGGUUCGACCUGAUAAUCUGGGGGCACGAGCAUGAGUGCAGAAUAUCCCCAGAAGUAAUUCAGUGUCGUGAAGGCAGUACUUACGAUAUUUGCCAACCAGGAAGUUCUGUGGCGACUUCCCUCAGCGAGGGUGAGUCAGUGCCCAAGCACGUGGGACUCCUCCUCAUCCAGGGCGAAAACUACAGGAUGAGGUCAAUUAAAUUAAAAACAGUGAGGCCCUUCUUCUUCGGGAACAUAUCCCUCUCGGAGAUAAUGGAGAAGGGCUACUGCGACUACUCACCCGAGGGGAUCGUCGAGUACAUCGACGACUACAUCAAGAACACAGCCAUUCCUGCAGGCAAGAAGAUGCUGUCUGGGCACGAGGACCAGCCGAAGCGACCUCUCAUUCGUUUGAGAAUUUUCUACACCAAGGAAUAUCAGAAUCUUGACACUUCCCAUCUCUCCCACAAAUACAACGACCUCGUGGCCAAUCCUGGGGAUAUGCUAAUCUUCAAAAAAGAGAAAGCCCCUGGUGAGAAGAAGGUGAAAAACGAUCACUUUGCGGAUCUCACUGAGGACAUCGCCGAGUGCUUCAGGCAUGACACAGACGAUCCCCAGGAGUGGACCAAGACUGUUCAGAGUGGAAUCACAAAAUUCUUCGAGCAGAACGAUUAUCAACUCCAGGUGAUGUCUCUCGCUGGAAUCAACGAGGCCGUUCAUCGAUGUGUUGUUUCUGGGGACAGCGAUGCCUUCGCCCAGGUCAUGGAGCACCAGAUCAAGAAGAGUAUCGAUUAUCUGAUGACGAAGGACGGUGAGGCCAAUGCUGAGAGUGUCCUUGCACAGUUGCAGAUGUAUAGAGCGGAGAGGAAGAUGAAGGAUGAGGAGGACGAGGAGCUCAAAGAGGUCCAGGACAUGCUGAACAAUCCUGCACAGAGAAGUGUACCAGCGGCCAAAGCUGUUGACGUCAGUCCUGAUGAUGGAUCAAGCACUGCCCCUGCGAGAGGUCAUAGUCGAGGAAAGAGCACUACUGCUAAGACUCCCAGGGCUUCCUCCAGGGGCAGAGGAACUCGUGGUAGGGGAAGAGGAAUGGCUACACUUGAUUCCAUAAUUGUUCGACAUCCCACUCCUAUUGACAAGGAUGACUCCGGGGAUGAUAUAACUGCGUUCAAGCGAUUUGCUGCUCCCUCGAGUCAACGAGCGAAUCCUAACACUCAAACCACGAAGAGUCAGAAAAAGCCGCUUUACAUUGAUAGCUCAGAUUCUGAGUAAAUAUUUACGUUUCUACUUUGAUUGAAGACGUCGGAGAUUAUAUUUUAGAGUUGUUUUGUCACGUUGAUGAAUACACAGAAGUUUAAAAGGCGAUUUGUAAACACUACAAAUAUAUAAAACGGUAUUUUUUCAUAAUAAAAAUUGAAAGCUUUCAA